AAGGAAGCCCCGCAAAUAUGCGCCGUCCUAAUAACAUAAAGCGCGGUGUGUUUCAUACAUGGCUGGGUAUGAUAACAAGAUAUUGCCCAACAUUUUUAGCCAGCCAGAAUUGUAGAGAAAACCUAUAUUGUUGGUUACAAUCGUCUUUAACACUCGAUUCGUUUUGCGUAAGAUUGUUAUAGGUCACACGUAAGAAUAAGAACCGGCUCCAGUUCGCCGUUCGUUUUCCAAGUAAACGGCCGUAUUUCUUCCGCGUUUUGUGUCAAAGUAAACAAUACACUUUUCUCGAUUGAAAAGAAAAAUAAAAGUAAAUAGUGUAAUGGAACGCGUAAACGGCGAUACCCAGCCGACGAAAAGUGAAAAUACGCUGGGGAGCUUCAAUAAUGGUAACUCUAAAGUGGUGGCCAACGUGAAGAAGUCUAGGAGUUUCAUGGAACUGUCGAUCAGCUGUGUUCUGAUCCCGCAAAAGGGAGCGUUCGAGAAUCUCAUCAGGGGCUACCCACAACUCCACGACACGGCGUUUUGGAGGCAAAGGCUCAGCGAAUCUGGCUUCGAGACUUCCUACCUCGUGUUACCCGGCGGUGACGUUUUCGUCUGCUGCCUCAUUAGCGUCUCUUAUAAUAUAAGAUGCCAUAUUACGACACAAUAUGUACACAGCACCAGCACACAUUAUGACCAAUACGAUGGAUUCGUGGUUCUUCAUGGUACAGAUACUUUGUCUUACACAGCAUCUGCCUUAUCCUUUAUGUUUGAGAAUAUUGGGAAAUGCAUUGUACUUACUGGAUCUCAGAUUCCAAUAUUCGAACCCCGUAGCGAUGGUGCUGACAAUUUUGUAUCAUCCCUACUGAUCGCCGGUGGACUAAAUAUACCAGAAGUUACACUUUUCUUCGGGAGCAAAUUGUUCAGAGGGAAUAGAACACGUAAAGUUUCAGCAAACAAUCUGUUCGCUUUCUCGUCGCCUAAUUGUGUGCCAUUGGUGGAAGUUGGUAUGGAUUUUGAAGUGAACAAAAAGGCAUUAUUUAAGCCGAAGAAGAUAGAGAAAUGCAGACUGCACGCGAAAAUGUCUAAGAAUGUGGGACUAUUGAGGAUAUUUCCAAGUAUCAGUUCGUCGGUGAUCAAAGCGUUCUGUCAGCCACCCAUUGAAGGGGUGGUUUUAGAAACCUACGGUGCUGGCAACAUUCCCUCGAACAGACAAGACUUAUUUGACGAGAUCUCAGCGGCGCUAAUAGCCAAAUGCGGUGUGGUGUCGGGAUUCGAUAUGACACCGGAGGCAGCUCUAACGAAGCUCUCAUAUGUAUUGACGAAAUCAGAACUGACCUAUCAAGAGAAAGUUGAGAUGAUGGGCACGAACAUCAGGGGAGAGCUGACGACGACCGCAUCUUUUUCUGUAGAGGACAGUACUCUCAUAGACGCUUUAGCGAGCAGUUUGAACAUCCAAUCACCCAAGAAGCUGAUAGAAGUGACAGAGAAGGUGUUCAGCGCUCUCCUUCUUUACGCCAUCGAGAGGCACGACGAGUUGGCGGUUAAGAAAAUGUUAGAUAUGGGAGCUGAUGUGAACGCCCAGAACUCGGAGGGGAAGACACCUUUACACGAAGCGAUACUCGGUGGGAACAAGGCGAUCGUGGAGUACAUGCUGAAGAACGGAGCUAACGUCCACUUGAAGACGAAGAGGUCAGUGUUGGUCUGCGUCUGGCCGGUCCAGCAGGCCACCCUCAAGGCGCAACCUCGCACGUUCCCACUCUCCGUCAGAAACUUGCUCAUAAACCCCAACAUCUCUUCGGUUUCAAAAUCAGCAGCAUCUAGAACUGAUAAGAGUGUUCUCGUCAUGGAGCAAAUGUACCUCAUUGAAAUAUUCGUUGACAAAGUGUCAGUUUUCGCAUCUGAGGAGAACGAGAAGAGCGGUGCGAAAAAGAGUCUCAUAGUUAAAGUAAAAUUCGGCCCUAAAGUUCAGUUCAUUAUCAAGGAAGGACAAUUAGCGCUGAAUGAUGAAAACAAGGACGAUAUCAUUGAAUGUGAUGCUCAGGGUCGGAGGAAAUGGUGUAGAACUAUCAGAGUUGGUAAAUCAUUCCUGUUUCCCUCUUAUCCGGACACUGUACUCAUGAUUCUAAGCAAGUUUCCACUAGAAAUAGAAGUCUGGAACGAUGAUGAGAACGAAGUUAAUAUAUUUGUUGGUGUCGGUAAUAUGCAUUGGGACACCAAAUUCUUUCACAUGCUUAAAGAAUCCGCAGACGCUUGCAAACUACAUGAGCCACUUAGUAUAAAACAGGUUACGCCCAUAUACGCAGAGUGUUGUUGUAAGCAAGUUGGUGAAGUUUCUUUUAUACUCAGGUUGAGUGCUUUAGGCGAUACUAUCGUUACGGAAUUCCAACAGCUCAUGAAAGACCCAGAUUCUUUUGUCUUUAGAACGGACAAAGCCCCAAGUAUGUUUCAAUGUAAAAGAGUGGACGGUGAUGAUCCUAACUUCUGUAUGGUUGGUAGUCUUUAUGAAACAGCUACACUAGAGGAUCCGGAUAUAGUAAAUAACGCACAGAAGAAAAUCGAAGUAUGUACAGAAUUACAAAGUUGUGGGGUCGGACAAAGAGACGAAAACUAUAAAUGUGAACAUAAAGAAGACGAAGAUAGGGAUAAAAAGAAGUAUUCUAUCGAUAAGAUUCGUAUGGGUGACAUUACUGGGCCAUGUGGAAACGCAAACUGCGCACUCGCUCAUAAAGUUAGGACAUACAUAAGAAGUUUGGAAGCGUAUAAGAAAGAAGCAAUAGGAAAAGUGUCCGGACCUAAACCCGAAGGAUCAAAAAAGAUCUGUGGCACUUGUGACUGUAAAGAUGAUAAAUGGCAUCGAGAUACAUGCCCAGAAAUGGAAAAACGUGAGAAAGUAGUUUGCUCAGAUUGUGGUGGAGUUACAUCAGCUGGUGAAACGUGUGAGGAUAGAAACCAAAAACAUUAUGGAACAGGUGCUACGCCAAAACAGAGUAAAACGACAGUUGCUUAUGUUUUUAGUGUUACUAAAGUUCCAGAUUUUAAAUAUUCUAUGAAUGGAUCAAAAUUUACUGUUGAAAAUUGCCAAACCAAUUACAAUUUCCAGGUGAAUGCUACUACUAGUCUAUCAACUAAAGCCGGUGGCGGUUGUUGUUGUCACAGUAGAUUGGAAAACACAUUAUCUAGACAGGUGGUUACUGUAACAAGUAUGCCUAAUUUUAAGUCCGAUUUAAAAGGGUAUGCUAUUACUCCUAACGAUGCUGCUAAUACAUAUAUUUACAAUGCUGAGAUUAAAGAACAAGAUCGCAAAUUUGCUGCAUAUAAUUUUUGUACAAAUAUACCAGAUGACAAAGACUGUAAAUGUAGUCCUCCCAAGCCAACGCCACCCUGUAAGACGUUCGAUUGUGAAUGCAUUACUGAAAUUGGUAAUAUAGCUAAUCGGAAACAACACAAACCUUACUGCCCUGCUUACAAGCACAAAGAGAACUGCCCAGUAACUAUAUGUAAUGAGGAUGAAGAGAAAAUUAAACUCGAAGAUGAAGAAAAUGAAACGGAACCCUUACCGUAUGGUUUGCCUCCGAUUAAACUUGGCCCAUGUCCAGUAUUGGGCAAGCCCUGUACUUAUCCCGAUGGUUUUGCAAGAAUGUAUAAGGUAGCUGCGCAGCCACCACCACCACCCAGUUAUAGCGACGCAGGAAAAGUGUGUUGUUCUAAAGAAUAUGAAAGAAUUAAGAAAGCUAUUAAGGAAUACAUGAAAUACGAAAAGGAUCAUGAUUAUCGCUGCAUAAAUCAAUUUAACAUUGACACAGAGAGACGGUGCUGUGAUAAAGAGCAACGACUGAUGGCUUUGACGGGAAAAGGUUGCUGUGGAUCACACAAAUUGGCUAUACAAGACAAAUACAAAGAGGACAAAUAA